AUGUUAUCGCACCAGCAUGCUCCGUUGCCCUCCUCGAACUUUAUCAGACUGGUCAAGAUAGGCCCAAGAAACGAUGAGAAAGAAUUGAUCCAGCUCAGUCUUCACCAAACAAGACUGCGAAAUGCACCCAAGUACGAGGCAUUAUCUUACGAAUGGGGAACCCAAAUGUGCGAUAAGCCCGUCCUAUGUGACGGACAAGAGCUUCGAGUCAAGGCAAAUUUGGCAGCUGCUUUGGAGCGUUUGCGGUGGGCAGAUGAUUCGCGAUGGAUGUGGAUUGACGCCAUUUGCAUCGACCAGGAAAAUAUACCAGAGCGCAAUCAACAGGUUACCAUGAUGCGUGACAUAUACGCUCUCGCAGAUAGGGUCCUCAUCUGGAUAGGGGAUGAGCUUGCUUACUCGAAGCAAGCAUUUGAGGCACUUUCAAAGUUCGCAAAAUUAUGGCAAGCAAGAGAGGUUACCCGAUUACAAGCUGGAGACAAAAGACCGCCGCUUCGCACAGAGCCUAGUACUGCUGAGAAAUCAUCUUUAGCACUUCAAGACGAUUCCUUAUGGACCUCACUUUUCACUCUCUUUUCAUCGACGUAUUUCGAGCGGACUUGGAUCAUACAAGAAAUUGCUGUGUCAACCCGUUCCACUGUUAUUUGUGGUGCUCAGCAGAUGAACUGGAAGCUAUUCCACUGGGGUGUCUCAUUUAUCAGCACUACGACAUCUCUGCUUCAUCGGGCGCCCGACACGGAACGUAUAGGCAUAAUUGCAUCUAUCGCUGGUAUUCAAUCAAUGUUCAAGCAAAAGGAGACAGAUUAUCUUUCUGAUUAUCUAAGAUUCGUCCAAGCUUCAAAGUGUUCAGAUCCACGAGAUAAAGUGUUUGGAUUACUCGGAUUGAGGUGCAAUACGGAAGAGAUAUUACCGCAUCUGGCAAAGAAUAUGCUUCGAGUGGACUACACCAAGAGUGUACAACAAGUAUACCGAGAUGCCGCUGCAUAUAUCAUUCUUAGUCAACAAGACCUGGAAAUCUGCUAUGCACAACCCUUGACAUCAAAGAUUGUUCAGAAAUUACCAUCCUGGGUACCUGAUUGGUCAGUAAGAAUGGAAGGAGCACCUGCCGCCUUCUUGAUUACGCAUUAUAAAGUUCGUGAUAUUCUGCCUGGAAAUAUUUCCUUCGAUGGCAGUUCUAUGUAUGUCGAUGGACUCAUUUUAGAUUCCAUUGACUUUGCUACAAGCACCAUGUCAAGCGAAACACCUUUACCAGACAUCAAACGAAUUAUUAUCCACUUGUCUAAGCUUGCGGAUUUAGCUAACGUUGAUUGUGGGGAGCCCGGAUCCGCAUUCCGCUAUAUGAUCAAUUAUCUCGGCUGCUCCAUCUACAAGAACAAAGAAUCAGUCCUCGAAGCUUUGUGGCGCACGUUGAUCGGCAACACUGCAAACUUCGAGCCUGCCAAGCCCCGAUUCAUCCGCCACUUCCAGGCUGUACUCAAUACAAUCUUACUACGGGAGCGUGGAAUUGUGUUUGAUCGACAUAACUCGAGCCAUGAACUGGCUCUGGAUCCAGAUAUCCUACAGAAGCUCAAGAAUGACAAAAUCUCCCAAAAUAUCUGUCAAAGUGUGCAAGAAGGACAAAGUAUGCUUUUCCUCUUAGAGCUUGUUAAUACGGUAUCAGGAAGAGUAUUUUUCACCACCUCACGAGGUUAUAUGGGAUUUGGAGCUUCGGGUGCUAAAGUUGGAGAUCAAGUUUGUAUUCUUGGAGGCGGAUGGACUCCCUUUGUUCUUCGGGAUCAUAAAACCUAUUAUGAAAUGAUCGGCGAUUCCUACCUUCAUGGCAUGAUGCAGGGAGAGACGCUGGAUUUGGGCAAACCGAAAGUGACCAGGUUUCAGAUCUGCUAA